AACUGCUAAACUAAUGGUCAAGCGUUCAUGCGCUAGUCGGAAAUAGGAAACGGGUUGUAGUUACACACAUGCAGCGUUCAACGAAUCAGCAAGUCCGAAAUGUCCGCGUUUCCUUGUUCCGAUUAGCAUUUUCGUCGAGAAAUCUUAAAUCUGCCUAUUUUCCUCGAUAGGACGUAAUGUCACGAUUACAAAGCUACACGGUAUUACACUGAACAAGUCAAUUAUCUCAGUUAAGAUUUGUAAUGUUGUACUUCUUGUUCACAACAUACAUGCUAAUGUUGGGUUUUUGAGCUAGCGCCCAAUUGACACCCAUUCGCCCUUUAUCCCAGAAUGCCUUGCACGGCCCAUUGACAACGCACAAACGGUGUUUAUAUGAUUCUAAUAGACUUUCCCAUCUCCUCAAAAUUGGCUCUGAGCGCACGCAGCAGGAGAUGGACAUUUUUUGUAAAAGAGCAUAUGAUUGGUCGAUUCGGUAGCCAUGUUUUUAACCUCCAGUUCCCUCUGUUGUUUUAGCUAGCUAGUUGUUUUUCCGGUUAGCCGUCGUCAUUUUUAUUGCUAUUUUUUUUAAGUCAGUUCGCAAACCCCUUCCUCUAAUUUUCCAAGAGAACUAACGUUAUGCCGGUGCACGCCCGCGAAAAGAAAGAAAGCAAUCACGAAGAAAUGGAGGUUGAUUUUCCCGAUCAAGACGCUAGCAGCACCGACGAAGAGGACACUGUAAGCUCUUCUGUAUCCGAAGAUGGAGACAGCUCGGAUAUGGACGAUGAGGACUGUGAGAGAAGACGAAUUGAAUGCAUGGACGAGAUGACUACCCUCGAGAAGCAAUUCGGUGACUUGAAAGAACAGUUGUACAAGGAGAGGCUAAGUCAGGUGGAUAUAAAGCUGAAGGAAGUGAUAGCUGGCUGUGCCCAAGAGUAUCUGGAACCACUGGCCAACCUGCAGGAGAAUAUGCAGAUCAGGACCAAAGUAGCUGGGAUCUACAGAGAGCUGUGUCUGGAGUCUGUGAAGAACAAGUAUGACUGUGAAAUCCAGGCUGCCUGCCAACACUGGGAGAGUGAGAAGCUGUUGCUGUUUGACACGGUGCAGAGUGAGUUAGAGGAGAAGAUCAGACGCCUGGAGGAGGACCGACACAGCAUCGACAUCACCUCAGAACUUUGGAAUGAUGGUUUACAUUCACGGAAGAACAAGAAGAAGGAUCCCUUCUGCCCUGCCAAGAAGAAGAAGCCUGUUGUUGUCUCCGGUCCAUAUAUUGUUUAUAUGCUGCAAGACCUGGAUAUACUUGAAGACUGGACAGCAAUACGAAAGGCGAUGGCGUCGUUGGGGCCUCACAGGGUCAAGGUUGACGUCCCUACCAAGGCUGACAGACACCACCAUGUGGCGAGGUCUGAGGAGGGCAGACUGUUCUAUGACAGCCAGUGGUAUUGCAGAGGACAGGCCAUAUGCAUCAACAGGAAGGACCAGUACCCCACCAGCGCCAUGAUAACCACCAUUAACCACGACGAGGUGUGGUUCAAACGGCAGGACGGCAGCAAGUCCAAGUUGUACAUCUCUCAGCUGCAGAAAGGCAAAUACACCAUCAAACACUCCUAAUGUCCCUCACGGUUUGCCGUACUUUCUCUCCCUGGAUAACAAAUAGUGAACUUCAGUGCCACAAGAUCCCGUCCCUUACUUUCAUUGCCGUAGGGGGAAACUACAUUAUGUCAAUGGUCUUCACCAGCUGCUGGAGAGCUGUAGGUCAGGGUGGGUAGGGGUUGUACAAGGUUGGUGACGAACUACUGCUUUCUCUUAAUAUGUAUGUAUGUUAUUAAUAUCUGCAAGGCGUCCAAGUGUCGUUCCUCCUGGAAGAGAAAGAAGCAAGUGCUGCUAAGAAGGGAUGAGUUGCUGUUGAGAGUAAUGGUGGUGUUGUAGCGUGCCUUUUUGAACAAGAUGCCUACAGUCCUGAACCAACUCAGUGCAGUGAAGCCUUAAUUCCUACGGCCUGUGAGAACAGUACUAGGAUCAAGUCAAAGCGGGUAAUUUUCUUUUGAGCGGGUGAGUAAAUGGAAACAUACAGUGUACCAUCCAGGUUAAGAAUGAACUAUUCAAAUUUCCUAAACAUUGAGUUUGCAUCUUUUACGCCGGCAGGCUGGCACAGCCAGUAGUAUGUUUGCCCUCUGUACAGAACCCUUGUUGAUUAUGAUGAGGGCCAGAAGAUCUCUGAGGCCUGGUUUGAGACUAGGGCUUGAGAACUCUGUUGGACACAUUGUCAGGAAAAACUCCUGGCCCUAAUUCUGUGUCAUGUCUUAACUUCACUGUGAACUCAGUAGCCAUCUGCCUCUUGUAGUGUACCUUUGGAGAAUCUCAAUUGCGUAUUCCUUGCGUCCUUUCACCUCACUUCCCCCUCAAAACCGAUUGGAGAAGAAAGCCAGAGGUCCCUCCCCUCUGACCUUAUCCUCCAACGGGUGUUGAGGAGUCGUCGGGGAGAGUGGACACGAGGAGUACGCAAUUGAGAUUUCCCCCUGCGUUUUUCUGUGUCAUCUUCCCUCCUCUGUGAAGAACUCCCUGCGUCUCUAUGUUCGAACUAUGCUCUACCUUUUCUCCUGUAGUGCACACUUGUGCACACCUCCCUACCCAUGCCAGAGGGAUCUGAUGACAUUGAGAGGGGUCAACGUGUCUGGUUGUCGUACAAUCCCGUCCAUGCAAUCCCAUCCACUCUUUUGCACAUUAUUGGAUAGAGGGGAAACCAUGUGUGUGUAUAUAGUAACGUACUGCUGGUUCAACCUCUACGUGGUCAAGUGGUGCUUUACAUUCACAGCAGCAUCACAUCUGUAUAAAAGUAUCAACUGCCAACAGUAUUGCAUUGAGAAGAUUCUCAACAUGUUAUGAAUUGUGUAGAGAUGUUACAAGCUGUAAUGUCAGGAGUAUUUGCAGUGUUGUGUUUUUAUUUGAUUUUUUUGCAGCUCACGAAGAAGGUCUGUCAUAAUACGAUUAGGCCAAAUGUUACAGUGCCAUGAAUUGAAAAGUAGUAUUGCUUUUGUCCUCGAGUUUUAUUUGUCAAGUAUGGAUUGUUAUUUUGUGUUGUUUUUUUUUGGUUUGUAGUAAGUCAUAACGCUCAGCCGCUACACUACGUUAUCUUUUCAUAUCAUGCGGGAGGGAAAUAUGAAUACAACUCUUGUCAUAGUGCCAAUGCAUGUACAGCAAAUUAAAUGUUUAAUUUUGUAGUAAA